AUGGCGAAUUACCUCGCCCUCCUGGCACCCGGGGCUAGAGCCGGGGCUCUGCAGAGGGGCUGGCCUGUCCUGCUGGACCUGCGCCAGCCGCAGGACACCUUCCCCUCGCCAACGCCUCCUAGCUGCGGAGUCCCCGUCUUCACUCGCGACGACUUCGAGGGCGACUGGCGCCGGGUGGCCAGCGGCGGCUUCGGCCAGGUGUUCCAGGCGCGGCACAAGCGCUGGCGGACCGAGUACGCCAUUAAGUGGUCCCCCUGCCUCCAGCCGGACGCCAGCAGCUCCGAUGUGAACUGCCUUAUUGAAGAAGCAGCCAAGAUGGAGAAUAUCAAGUUUCAGCAUGUGUCCAUCUACGGAGUGUGCACGUGACCGCUGGGCAUCGUGAUGGAGUUCAUGGCCAACGGCUCCCUGGAGAAGAUGCUGCCCACUCACAGCCUCAGCUGGCAGCUCAAGUUCUGCAUCAUCCACAAGACCAGCUUGGCCAUGAACUUCCUCCACAGUAGCAAGCCACCUCUGCUCCACCUGGACCUCAAGUCUGGCAACAUCCUCCUGGACAGCAACGUGCACGUUCAGAUCUCAGACUUCGGCCUGACCAAGUGGAUGGAGCAGUCGACCCGGAUGCAGUACAUUGAGAGGUCGGCCCUGCGGGGCACGCUCAGCUACAUCCCCCCUGAGGUGUUCCUGGAGAGUACAGGUGAGAGGGGGGAGCAUUUCCCCAUCCGCAGCUUCGGGAUUGUCAUCUGGGAGCUCCUCACGCAGAAGAAACCGUACUCAGGGUUCAACAUGAUGACCACCAUUGUCCGAGUAGCCGCGGGUAUGCGGCCCUCCCUGCAGCCUGUCUCCGAUGAGUGGCCAGGCGAGGCCCAGCAGAUGGUGGGCCUGAUGAGGGGCUGCUGGGACCAGGACCCCAAGAACGGCUUUGCAGACGUCACAGUGGAGACAGACAUGCUGCUGGCCCUGCUGCAGAGUGCUGUGGCUGACCCGGAGAGCAAGGCCCUGGCCAGGAAGGUGUCCUGUAAACCACCACUGCACCGGCCCCAGAAGGUCAGCGAGGAAGCGGGCCAGGAGCUAACAGACAGCGAUUCAGGAGACUACUUAAAGCGGGCCCUGCAGCUCUCUGACAGCGAGAACUCGAUCCCGAGCGAUGAAGAGAACAAGGUCACCCCCCUCCACUUCCUGGUGACACAGGGCAGUGUGGAGCAGGUGAGGCUGCUGCUGGCCCACGAGGUCGGCGUGGACUGCCAGACGGCCUCCGGCUACACGCCCCUCCUCAUCGCCGCCCAGGACCAGCAGCCCGACCUCUGUGCCCUGCUCCUGGCACACGGCGCAGACGCCGACCUGGCAGACGAGGACGGCUGGACCCCUCUGCACUUUGCAGCCCAGAACGGGGACGACCGUACCACCCGCCUGCUCCUGGACCACGGGGCCCGUGUGGAUGCCCAGGAGCAUGAGGGCUGGACCCCGCUCCACCUGGCCACGCAGAACAACUUCGAGAAUGUGGCGCGGCUUCUGGUCUCCCGCCAGGCUGACCCCAACCUGCGUGAGGCUGAGGGCAAGACCCCCCUCCAUGUAGCCGCCUACUUUGGCCAUGUCAGAUUGGUCAAGCUGCUGACAGGCCAGGGGGCUGAGCUGGAUGCUCCGCAGAAGAACCUGAGGACCCCACUGCACCUGGCGGUGGAGCGCGGGAAAGUGCGGGCCAUCCAGCACCUGCUGAAGAGUGGGGCGGCCCCCGACGCCCUGGACCAGAGCGGCUACAGCCCACUGCAUAUCGCGGCUGCCAGGGGCAAGUACCUCAUCUGCAAGAUGCUGCUCAGGUAUGGGGCCAGCCCCGAGCUGCCCACCCAGCAGGGCUGGACUCCUCUGCACCUGGCAGUUUACAAGGGCCACCUAGAGAUCAUCCACCUGCUGGCUGAGAGCCACGCAGACUUGGGUGCUCUCGGAGGCAUGAGCUGGACCCCCCUGCACCUGGCUGCCCGCCAUGGGGAGGAGGUGGUGGUGUCGGCCCUGCUGCAGUGUGGGGCUGACCCCAAUGCCGCUGAGCAGUCAGGCUGGACACCCCUCCACCUGGCGGUCCAGAGGGGUGCCUUCCUGAGUGUCAUCAACCUCCUGGAGCACCACACGGAUGUCUGUGCCUGCAACAAGGUGGGCUGGACACCUGCCCACCUGGCAGCCGUCAAGGGCAACACGGCCAUCCUCAAAGUGCUGGUCAAGGCCGGAGCCCAGCUGGAUGUCCAAGACAGAGGGGGCUGCACGCCCUUACAGCUGGCCCUCCGCAGCCAAAAGCAGGGCAUCGUGGCCUUCCCCGAGGGCAAGGAGCCCUCCCUGGCCAUUGUGGGCGGCACUGAGCCAGGAGCCCAGACGGAGGUUUAG